CCCCAACAAAAUACCCAGACCGUAAUCAUGCCCGCCUCGGCCCAGCGUAACCACUUUGUUGGCUAGCCCGCUUGCAUUUGCCAUGGUUUGCCUGAGCGGCGCAACGACGACGUAUGGUCUGUAUGCAUGCAGCGAUAUGUCGAUGUACUGCAAUCAAUCGCCCGCCGCCGCCGCCGUGUCGCUCGUCCCUGUCCCUGAGCUGGCUGCCGCCUGCUGGGAGAGUCGAUGGUGGUGCUGCGGAUGCUCAGAGUGGCCUGCUGCACCUCUCCCCUGGUCACGUUCCUUGCUCUGUCCAAACAAGCGUGCAUGAGCAUCGGAAACAGCCCACGUUCAUGAUUGCAGCUCACGUCACAUCUUGCAGGAGGCGCAAAGAGUCUCAUCAGCGUCAGUCCGUGCCGGGCCUCGCAGACGAACCGGGGCCGUCGUUGUUUAUAUGUGCGAUGUCUGUGUACAGUAUUGUUCCGUCAAGCAUUCAUCCCGGAUCGGACUGGACGUUUCAAUGCGUCACACGGGCCAACUCCUAA